CCCCCCCACCCCCGUAAGAAAAUUGAUUUUUUUCAGAAAAAUCGAUUUAUAGAUAAGCACAUUUUCUGAAAGCUCAAAGUGUCCUAUUUCAAAUGAUGUGCUUUGUAUUGCACUUUUGAUGGUUUUUGAGGGUGAAAAUGACAGUUUUCUGGGAGCACUAGUAGAAAUUUUCCUUAGUAACCGGAUGUCACAGUGGUCGAAAAACUUAAAACGGUUCCAGAGGAGAAAUACAUAUAAGUUCUGUUAUUUUUAUUAAUUAAGCAAUAUGGCUGAUUCUCAGAACUAGACUUUUCGAGUCAUUUUCUACCAAAAAUUGCAGUAUAGGGGUCGUGACAGUCAUAGUGAAAUUAAAAUUGUUUCAUAUUCUCAUUCAAUUAUGUCAAUUAAAAAAGAGAAUUUUACGCUGAUUUCAAAUAUAUAUAACAAUGAUUCAUUUUUUCAUAUUCAGGCCCAUUUACACAUCUCACAAACUUGUUGAUUCGUUUUCUCAAAUCACUUUUUCGGAGAGUUCGGAACCGAUUUCUCCGACUGUAGAAGAGGUAGCGAGCUGCCGUAUUUUGCUGGGUUCUUUCCGAACUUUAUGGGGAUUUUGAAAAUUUUUCUGGAUUUUUUCUGGGUUUUUGAGUUCGCUACCUGACAGUACUGGCUAAAACGUUAAACUGGAAACAUUAAUACACAUUUAUAUAAAAAAAUGCAUUUUCUAAAAUCUCGCUAGGGGGGCUCAACAACUGUUUGGGGGGACUGAGCCCCCCCCCCCCUACACCCCCUGGCUCCGGCACUGUUGUCGAGAUAAAUUGAUAGCACUGAUGCCAGAAACCACUAAGUUAAGAGUUGCUGCACGAAAAUGUUUCGGAAAUACGAACGAAAUCGAAUUUCGAAAAAACGGUAUAUAAAUUUCUAGAUUCAGGUCUUCUCUUUGAUUUAAAACAAACCCGAACUUUCUACCUCUUCGGCAGCCCGAGAACUCGGUACCUUACGAAGGCCACCAUUUUAAGGACUAAUUUGUCAAUAACUUGUUGACACAAAAAUCUUAUGAAUUAAAAAUUUGCAAGAACUUAAGUUGAGGCAAAACACACAUUCCCUGAAAAUUUCAGCCAGAUCGGUCCACGAAUAACGAAAAAUGAUUCCUGAGGGGGGGGGGACCCUUAAUAGGAUCAUCUAUGGAUUUUAUCUACUUAAACAUGUACUCUUAUUCUUUUUGUUAUAAAUUGAUAUACACACAUAGGUCACAAUCUAGGUAAACAUAUGCUUUGUUUAUCUAUACAAAAACAGAGAAAGAGAGAUAUUAAGAUCUUGGAGGCGGUGUUACAUUAUUACAGGUAUUAGAUUAUUUUUAUUCAGUUUUGGCUCAUUUUCUAUCACAUACACAUUAUAGGAACGUCUCCACUUUUAAUAUAGUUCGAUACUACCAAUUCGUUUUCUAUUUUUCUUCUGUACUAUUUAUUCACUCGUUCGUCUUCGAUAUUCUUAUUCUUAUAGGCUAAAUAAAUAGGUGAUCGUUCGUUUCAGUACACCAGACGACGAUCUAGUAUACAGUGCACUUCAUUUUGUCUGAAAGAUAUAGACACUCAUAUGUAUCUACUAAAACCUCUUUGAUUUAUUUGUAGUUUAUCAAGUUAAUAACUUCAUUGAAUAAAGAUCUAGAUUAUCCAAACAACAUCGAUAUAUUUAUUCGGAUAAAUAAAAUAUUUAUUUUAUGCUUUAUGAAUAGAUGAUUAUGAUCGAGAUUAUCAUUCAUCGCAACGUAGUAAGUUGUAUAUAUUUCCAAAUGAGAAAGCUUCUAUAAAAAUGUUUUUCUAGCUCAGAAAAGUCGCAUAAAUGAAAGUUCAUUCGAUUAUUCUUCAACUGGAAUAAUCGAUAAAAAAAAAUCAUCUCGUAAUGGACAAACUGAUAAUAGUUCCUAAUAUGCUGCACCAAAAGCUCUAUCAGAUGUUGAGAGUGAUAGAGAAAGAAAAGAUUUAUAUUCAUUUUCUUGUUCAACAAUUCGUUCAGUUACACCAGAUUCUCAAUUAACAACAAUUGCCAAACGAUCAUCAUAAUCAGGCCACGAUAUUUUAGCUUCCAAUAUUUCUUUAAUUUAAUUAGAAACCCUUAGUUUUUUUCAGCUGCUGAACCAAUUGAACUUUAUACAAAUGAUUCUUAGAUAAAUUUUUCUGAACGAUCAAAUUAAAUAAUAGUUAUUAUAACAAUUUUAUGUUGAAAUUUUAAUGCGUGACGGUUCAUGAAAAAAAUAAAUAUUUACAAAUUAAAAGAAAAAUUCAACAAGAUUCUCCACUUGUUGAAUAUGCUGAAGGAAAAAAUUGAUGAACCAUUCAAAAUUUGGCAUUAAAUUACAAAAGAAAAAGAGUUUAAAUAUGAAAUUAAUCAAGAAAAACCUGGAUGAACAAAGAAGUUUCGGUUUUUACUUAGGAAUCUUGUUAAAACAUGAAUUAAAAAAUCAAAAUCAGUCCGAUCGCAUGAUUCUGUUCGAAUGCUUGUAACAUUAUUUAAACUUUUAGAUCAAAUGGAUAUAUGAAAGUUUUAAAACUUUUAUUUUUCACGUACGAGGAUAAAACGUUUUCAUUUUAUGACAAAAUAAUUCUUACAGCUCAUUGGUCUUUGAUCAAUUGUGAUUUUGUUGUUAAAGACAAAGAUGAAACGGAAAAUAUGAUAUUUACUUUCUAUCGAGAUGAAGAUGGCUCUGUAACAAUCAACUAUUUGAAGAACAAUUUUAAUGUUGAAACAAAACAUCCUUUUGAAGGCAACAUGUUUAAAAUUCGUUUUCAUAUUAAUGGAAAUGCAAUGUAUAAGUGGUUCGCCAUUGAAUACAACAAUUUUAUCAAUCAACAGGAGACUGACGUUGAAUAUACGAUGUUACAUGUUUUAGCUCAAAAGAUCAGAACUAAAGUAAUUCGUAUAUUCCAAGAACUUGAAAAUGAACAACAAAAGUAG